AUGCGACACAGCGAAAAAGUCGACUUACGCAAGGCUGGAUAUGCACAAAGUCUGGCGAUAGCCUCAGGACCUGUGGUUCCUGUAGUUGCUGCUAUCUUCACCUUCUUGGGUGUCGUUCUAUCGGGUAACGACCUACUGGCUAGUGAUAAUAAAGAAGCCAGGAACUAUCCGAAAUUGUAUGUUCAACCUGUACAAGUCGAUCUACGUUACCGUAGAUAG